AUGGCGGAGCCGGGCUCGGUGCCGCCCCACCUGUUGCUGCCCCCGGGGCUGCUGGAGCUGUGCGUGCUGCUGGGAGCCCCCCGGGAGAGCCUCCGCGAUGUGGAGCAGGUUGCCCAGAAGAAAGGAAUGAAAAAACUUCUUCCUCUUGACCCUGAGGUUCUUUCUGUUUUUGUGCCUCCGUUCCUCAGUAAAGAGGACAGUUCAACAGCUAGUGCCAGUUGUAGUAAUCUGAAUAAAACAAGAAGACGAUCCUUCAGAAAAAAAAGAGACAAGGUCAGGACUGAGAACUGGAAGAACCCCCAUGGAGAUCAGAAAGUACCUGAUGUAGAACAUGUUAGUGUUCCAAAUGGUGUUGAUCUGAGUGCUUUGUCACAGCUGUGCUUUCCAGGAGGCCUCUGUGUAGCUCCUGAACCCAAGGAAGACCGGGUACAUUUCCUAGUCCUUACUGAUGUUUGUGGUAAAAGAACGUAUGGUGUGGUUGCACAAUACUACAGACCUGUACAAGAUGAACACUGUUUCUACAAUGGCAAAGCACACUUCGAAAUACCUGGGCAGACCACACAUGCCGUUAGCUGCUUUGUGCCUUUUGCUAUUUGUCUUAUAUCUAGAUAUCCAUAUUAUAAUGCCCUCAGAGAUUGUCUUUCCUGUUUAUUGGCACAACUGAAACUUUGUAAGGAUUUUGAUGUUGAUGAGCGAAUAAAAGAUUUUGCUGCAAAAUUGUCUUUAAUCCCCAGUCCUCCACCUGGACCGCUCCAUCUGGUAUUUAACAUGAAGCCACUACAAGUAGUGUUUCCUUCCCGUGCGGAUCCUGACAGUCCCAUUGUAGACCUAGACCUUCACCUUCCCUUACUGUGCUUCAAACCUGAGAAGGUAUUACAGAUCAUAACCUGCAUUUUAACUGAACAGCGGAUUGUCUUCUUCUCUUCGGACUGGGCUUUACUCACACUCAUUGCUGAGUGCUUUAUGCUUUACCUUCACCCUAUUCAGUGGAAGCACACCUUUGUACCCAUCCUUUCCAGUCAGAUGCUAGACUUUGUAAUGGCGCCUACGUCUUUCCUUAUGGGUUGUCAUCUUGAUCACUUUGAAGAAGUUAGCAAGGAAGCAGAUGGCUUAAUCCUAAUAAAUAUUGACAGUGGAAACAUUACCUAUUCCAAAGCCUUGGAUGAUGAUAAUAAUGAUAUUGAUAUUCCAGACAUCCCUUUACAAGCUGCCCAGACAUUCAUUCAAAGGGUAGAAGGCCUUCAGUUGCACUAUGAUCUAGAACUCUCCCAUCUAAUGGCCAGCACAGAUUUAGGUGAGGUCCAAGCACGCAGAAGGGCAUGGCAACAAAAACAGAAUUCUGAAAUGCAGCAAAUUACUUUACAACUAAUUGUUAACAUCUUCAGAGAAGUAAAAAACCAUCUUAAUUAUGAACAUAGAGUGUUCAAUAGUGAAGAAUUUCUCAAAACAAGAGCACCAGGGGAUCAACCAUUUUAUAAAAAGGUAUUAGAGACCUACAUAUUUCAUUCUUUUCUUAAAGCUCGUCUUAACAGAAGAAUGGAUGCAUUUGCUCAAAUGGAACUUAGCACUGAGUCUGAAGAAGACAGAAUGAAUGUCAUGCUCGUAAGCCCACGAAGACCAACAAUUGAGAAAAUGGCUUCUCGAAGAUUUUCCUCUCAGCACAUAGUUAAAAGACGAAUGGUAAUGAGCAUGCCAAAUCUACAAGACAUAAAAAUACCUGAAUUACCCCCAAGGAAUUCUUCACUUCGGAAAAUAGAAACUGUGGAUAGUUGUAAAGGCUAUAAUACAGUUCCAAAGCUGACCUCCAAAUCAGUGUACACAUUCAAGAUACCAGAAAUACAUUUUCCACUGGUGAGUCAGUGCGUUCAUUCCUAUUAUGCUGAUUUUAUCGACCUUCUGAGUAAGGCUAUCAAUUUCCCACCAUCUGAUAACUCUGUGCUGCUGGCAAGGUAUCUCUACCUUCGAGGACUCAUUAAUUUAAUGGAAGGGAAACUCCUGGGUGCACUUUCAGAUUUUCAGAGUCUGUACAGAACGGACAUAAGUAUUUUUCCUGCUGAUCUCGUAAAUAGAAUGGUGGAGUCAAUGUCUUCUUCUGAACGUUCUCAAGCUGAACGGCAGCCUGAGCUCAAAAGACUCAUUAGUGAAAUAAUGGAAAAACCAAGAGAAGUCACCAAGGUAGAUGACCCCGUGAAAAAUUUUGAGUUACCAAAGAAGCAUAUGCAUCUGGAUGUCUUUGUGAAGAGAAUUCAGGAAUCAGGAAUUGUGAAGGAUAUCAAAAUUAUCCACCGGUUGUUUGAAGCAUUGACUGUAGGGCACCAGAAGCAAAUUGACCCUGAAACAUUCAGAGAUUUCUACAACUACUGGAAAGAGACAGAGGCAGAGGCCCAAGAAGUCAAUCUUCCACAUGAGGUCAUCGAGCACCUAGAUAAAAAUGAAUGUGUCUACAAACUGUCAAGCUCAGUCAAAACAAACUUUGGAGUGGGGAAGAUAGCAAUGACUCAGAAGCGCUUGUUCCUCCUUACAGAAGGAGGCUACGUGGAAAUUUCCACCUUCAGAAAUAUCGAGGAAGUGAAAAGUACAACUGUAGCCUUUCUGGUUCUGAGGAUACCCACUCUAAAAAUUAAAACUGUUUCCAAAAAGGAAGUCUUUGAAGCUAAUCUUAAAACAGAGUGUGAUCUUUGGCACCUGAUGGUGAAGGAGAUGUGGGCUGGGAAGAAAAUGGCUGAUGAUUAUAAGGAUCCCCAAUAUAUCCAGCAAGCACUGACCAAUGUUCUGCUAAUGGAUGCUGUGGUUGGUGCACUUCAGUCACCGAAUGCCAUUUAUGCUGCCUCCAAAUUAUCUUAUUUUGAUAAGAUGAAGACUGAAAUGCCUAUGUCAGUCCCAAAAACAACUUCAGAAACAUUGAAGCAUAAAAUAAAUCCCUCCUUAGGAGAAACUUGCCCACAAGCCAUAGAUAUCUUGUUAUACACACCAGGACAUCUUGAUCCAGCAGAAAAGAUUGAAGAUGCUCAUCCCAAACUGUGGUGUGCUUUAAGUGAAGGCAAAGUGAUUGUAUUUGAUGCAUCCUCCUGGACAAUCCAUCAGCAGUCCUUUAAAGUAGGCACCGCUAAGUUGAAUUGCAUGCUGAUGGCAGAACAGAAUCAAGUUUGGAUAGGCUCUCAGGACUCCAUUAUUUACAUUAUUAACAUUCAUAGUAUGUCCUGUAACAAGCAACUCACUGAUCAUCGUUCUAGCAUCAUGGAUUUAAUUGUAGAAGAUGGAAACAAGGAAUCUAGCAGCGGUGAAGUCUAUUCAUGCAGUUUGGAUGGAGUAAUCAUUGCGUGGAAUGUCAGUACCCUGAAAGUGAAUAGGAAAUUUCACCUGCCAUGCCAAAAUCUAACUUCCAUUAAGCUUCAUAAUGGCCGCCUUUGGUGCUGUAUAGGCCGUAGCAUUAUGGUCGUGACAACAAACGGAUUUCUUCGACAAGAACUGAAAAUUGACGAGCUCUUUAAGGAAAUAUUCGCCUCUUUCCUCUGUUUCCAGCUGGUUCUUGAGCAAGACCAGGUCUGGACAGCAUGUGCUGGACACAGAGACAUAUAUGUCUGGAACAUAAAGGACUUCUCAAGACUGCCUCAUAAAAUUCAGCUUCAAGACUGUUCAGAGAUCAGCUGUAUGAUCAAAGUAAAGAACCAGAUCUGGGUGGGCAGCAAAGGACUGUCCCAGGGAAAAUACAAGGGAAAAAUCUACGUGAUCGAUGCUGAUAAGAAAAUUGUGGAGAAGGAGCUGGUGGCCCAUGCUGACACGGUGAAGGCUUUGUGUUCAGCGGAGGACCGAUACGUGCUGAGUGGCUCAGGCAAAGAGGAAGGAAAGAUUGCUAUUUGGAAAGUUGAAUGAUGUUUUAGCACUUUGAAAUGUAUUUCCCACGAACUGUCACUAUGGUGGGCAGAACAUAGGACCGUUGGGAGUGAUAUUAAAUAAAUGUACGCGUUUGCUGUUAUCAUA